AUACACAGCUUAACUGGCUCGUGAUGUUGCAGAAAACACACACUCACACAUUGUAUCUAUAUAAUAUCAUAAACUCUUCACACUCACAUAUAUACAUCACCUUUUACAACUAGUAGUUCGAAAAAAUCAUCAUUUAAUGCAAAGCAUCCCACCAUGUCAGAAAUGUGCGAUCUCCAAAUUCACAUCAAUGGCCAACACACAUUCUUCCUCUCCGAGAGGAUUCUAUCCAAGUAUUGUGGGAAAUUGAGGAAGAUAAUCAAGCAAGAGAAGAGAAGAACUCAGAUCAGGAGCUCCGGCAUCGACAUCGCCCAAUUCCCCGGCGGUCCCGCAGGAUUCGAACUCGUUUCAAGGUUCUGCUACAGCAACGGCGCCGUCCCCAUCAGCGUCUCCAACGCCGCGCUCUUGCAUUGCUGCGCGGUUUUUCUCGGCAUGACCGAGAAGGUCUCAUUAUUCAAUCUUUUGACUCAGACGGAAGAGUUCCUGGAAGGAAUCUUCUACUGGUCAUGGAGCGACGUGGUGACCAGCCUCAAGAGCUGCGAGCCUUUCUUCGACUACGCCGAGACGUGCGGCCUAGUUGAGAAGCUCAUGUGCGCUCUGCUAGCGAAGAUCGCGCAGAAUUCCGAUGUCAAUUUCCUCUCCGUCUCGUCAUCCUCGUCUUCCUCCUCGCCGGAGACAGCGAGCUCGCCGUCGUCUCGGAAACCCUGGGCAUGGUGGUUCCAGGAUAUGACAGCUUUGAAUCCGAGAAUCAUACACCAUUUUCUCAAGGCAUUAGGCUCGUACGGAGCUGAAAACAACAACCUAGUCCUCACAAGGUUCCUACUGCAAUAUCUCAAAAGCAACGCCGGCGUUAGGCCUACUCCGGCGGAGUACGGCGGGCUGGCCGACACCGCCGUGCACGGGGUGGUGCUGAUCGGAAAGAGUGCAUUCUCGUGCAGGGGGCUGUUUUGGGUGCUGAAGCUAGUCUCCGGGUUCGGGAUCAGCCGGGAGAGCAGGGCGGCGCUGGAGCGGCUGAUCGGAGGGAUGCUCGAUCAGGCGAAGCUAGACGACUUGCUGGUGUCCGGCGGCGGCGGAGGCGGAGGCGGAGUGUAUGAUGUGAAUUUGGUGGUGAGGUUGAUCAGAUUGUUCGUGUAUCACUAUGAUAACAUGUCAAUGGAGAGGAUGGUGAAAGUAGGGUUUCUGAUUGAUAUGUAUUUGGGGGAGAUUGGGCCUGAUCCUACCCUCAGAUUCACUAAGUUUCUUGCUGUUGCUGAGAGUUUGCCUGAUUGUGCAAGGGAUUCUUUUGAUCAAGUUUAUAGAGCAAUUGAUAUAUAUCUUCAGGCUCAUCCCUCUCUUUCAUUAGAGGAGAGAUCAAGAUUGUGUAGAUGUCUAAACUACGAGAAGCUAAGCCUGGAAGCCUGCAAGGACCUGGCCAAGAACCCGCGAAUACCUCCAAGAAUCGCGAUCCAAGCACUGUCCUCUCAACGUACCAAUGUGCAGAGUGAGAGCAGUGAAUUUGAUGACGAGUCGGGCAACAAGAAAGGGAAGGAUUAUCAGCUGGUGGUGUACAAAAAUGAGGAGACUGAGACGGAGAGCUCGAGCGAAGACAAGGAGGAGAUGAAAACGAACCUGGAGAGGAUGCAGUGGAGAGUGGUGGAACUGGAGAAAGUGUGCAGAGAGAUGAAGGGUCAGAUGGCAAGAAUGGUGAAGCUUGCUCCUCAACAUAAUAGACCACUUCCCAGAUUGUGCUAACCCCCCACCCCCUAUACAUUAUUAUACAUACCUUGUUUGCCUCCAUUUGUUUGCUACCUUUUUUUGUUUUCUGGAAACAGAAUCUUCUUGUAUUUUCUCCACUUUAAAUUGUAAUCUCGUUUGUAUAUUGUCCUGUAAUUUUGAUUCUCAUCCAAGAAAGUAAAAUGACAAAAUUUUCAAAA